GAAGUAUAUUUUCAUUUCUAUAGUAAUGACCAACUCAGACCCACCUCUCCUUAACCAUUAUGGAGCACUUUUUUCAAGCCACUCACCUCAACUCGAUGACCCUAAAAACCGACUUGUCAUCGAAGAAUGCCAACUUCCUUUGAUUGACUUGAGUGGUCUAAGCAAUCACGACGAAACGGUUCGCCGAGCUUGUGUUGCAGCCAUAUGUGGGGCAUCAUCAGAAUGGGGAUUUUUCCAAGUGUUGAACCAUGGGAUUAGCCCUCAACUAGUUGAGAAAAUGAGAAGUGAACAAGUGAAGUUGUUCAAAAUACCCUUUGAAAGGAAAGCUAGCUGUGGACUUUUGAAUAAUUCUUACAGAUGGGGAAGUCCUAGGGCUACCUGUCCUAAACAGUUCUCAUGGUCUGAGGCUUUCCAUGUCCCUCUUACCAAGGUUUCAGAUGAAGCUUGUUAUGGAGAGUUUAUAUCUUUAAGGGCAGUGAUGAUAGAAUUUGCAGCUGCCAUGUCGAAACUUGCAGGACUUCUAGGAAGCAUUUUGACAGCGAAUUUGGGACAUGGAAAGGAAGUGAUCAAGAAUUUAUGCGACGAAGGCACCUGCUUCCUUCGCCUGAACCACUACCCGGCCUGUCCGAUAUCUCCGGAGAUUUUGGGUUUAGUAUGCCACACCGAUAGUGAUUUCCUCACAAUUCUAUGUCAAGAUCAGGUAGGAGGACUUCAACUCAUGAAGGACUCCAAGUGGGUAACUGUCAAACCUAACCGAGAUGCUCUUAUAGUCAACAUUGGCGACCUCUUACAGGCAUGGAGCAAUGGUGUUUACAAAAGCGUGGAGCAUAAGGUGGUGACUAAUGCAAAGAUGGAGAGAUACUCCAUAGCUUAUUUCCUGUGCCCCUCUUACGAUUCUUCGAUUGGGAGCUUCAAAGAACCUUCAAUCUACAGAAAAUUUACUUUCAGGGAAUAUAGAGACCAAGUUCAAGAAGAUGUAAGGAAAACCGGCUACAAGGUUGGCCUUCCACGGUUUCUAGUUAGUGGGAGAGGGGAUUUAUUGACAGGAAGCAUGGAGUAAAAACCAGGUAUAUGUAUAACAAGCAUCACAGUCAACAGUGUUCCUUGCAAAAGUUUUAGCCUUUAGGAAUCUAAAUAGGCAGAAGGUAACAAGCAAAGAAACGGAGAGAAAAGAUGAAAAAAAUAAAACCUAAAGCUAUCCUAAGACAUUUCCAGAAGAAAAAACCAAAUGUGUUCGUUGUACUAAUAUAAGGUUUUGUCAUCAAUAGUAUAUAACUUAAGACUCUUAUUUUGGAUCCGA